CCCUAGUCUGUCUUUAAAAUGUGAGAGAUUGUAUCAGUUAGCACUAGAUUUUCACUUUUGGAUAGCCUUGAAAUCUUUAACUCACUUUUUUGUCGGAGGCGGCAAAGUUAGAAAGUCACGACCUGAGUUUCGUAAUGGCUGAAGAAACCGUCAAGAAACGUAGACCCUUCAAGAAGUUCUUCUAUCGAGGUGUUGAUUUAGACCAGCUUCUGGAUAUGAACUUGGAUCAAUUAGCCCAGCUGAUGCCUGCUCGGAUACGUAGAAGAAUUAAAAAAAAACUUCGUAAUAAACACAUGACGCUCCUAAAAAAGCUUAGGAAAAGCAAGAAAGAAUGUCCUUUUGGUGAAAAGCCGGCUGCUGUCAAAACUCAUAUCAGAGAUAUGAUUGUUCUUCCCGAGAUGAUCGGAUCAGUUGUUGGUGUUUAUAACGGAAAGUCAUUUAACACUGUCGAGAUCAGACCUGAAAUGCUCGGCCACUACCUCGGAGAAUUUUCAAUAACCUAUAAGCCUGUCAAGCACGGCAGACCUGGUGUUGGUGCUACUCACAGUUCCAGGUUUAUCCCUCUUAAAUAAUAUGUCCAUGUAAUAAAUUGCUGGUCAAAUCAUCCUCUUUUUGAAUAGAUGACUGUGAUGACGUUAAAUAUGCUUAUCGAUGGUUAAACAACCAUUGACAACUUAGAAACACUGGACAGAUCUUUCAUCAUAAUAUGGGACUCCUCAGCACUGCAUAUCCACGACCUCGCAACUUGGGAUGGAUUUUAAUUCAAACAUAGUUUACGUUGACUGGCAGUCUUUUUUAUCUCUCUACAGCAGUUUCACUGUAUUUUUAUGUGAAAACCAGGCAAAUUACAAGGAAUAAGGAAUUGUCAACUUGUUGGUUGAUGUUACUUUCGUGAUGUGUGUUUUCAUACAGUUUGGGGUAUAUAAUACUAUUGAUUUAUUCAACUAAUUAAGAGUAAAUCGCAUUAAUAAUGAAUGUGCUUUAACAGAUCAAACAAUGUGAACAUGCUAUCAUUUGUCUGCAUUGACAUGGAGAAAGGGUUCGAGUGACAAUUAAUCACGCAAACCGUAUUGUUGAUGCUAAAAACCUGGAUCACUUUGGUAAGAAGAGUAUCAAACGAUAAAACAAGUGCGUUGGCUAAUUGAAUCGUUAUAUGUAGUAAAAUGAUACGAAUAUGUAAAAUGUAAAUACUGUUAGGAAGGAGUAAAUAUGUGACUCAAUAAUUCACUUAUCCCAAGCAAGCAAAAAAAGUUUGAAAAUAAAAGGUAUGUGGUGCGUGCUACUUAUAUUGAUCAGAAGAUGAGGGGAAGAUAAAAAAAAAGAAGAGCGAGAACACAAUGGAAUUUGUUAGAAAACUCAUGAGUAAUGGAAUGGGAGACAAUGGAUUAAUAUUUGCAACAGAAACAGUCCAGUUUGAUAUGAUGCAUUAAUAUUUUGCAAAUUGACGAUUUACUAUAUGGUAUUCAGAGUUUAUUGAAAUAGUCUGUAAUUUUCGUGCUAAAUACAUUCGAUUGUCCCCACCUGUGUUCUUGUUCACUACAGGUACAGUAAAGUAUAUAGGGAGACUAUCUACUUUUCUUUUUUACGUCGAAUAUUUAACGGAAAUUUACAGACUUAUUUUGUGCAAAGUAUACAAUUCGAAUAUGCCUCUGAUGUUUACAUACUUUUUCAUCAUCGUACCACAGAUAAAAGUUAAAUUGACAACAGUAGUGAAAUAUUAUUGUGUAUAAAUUGAUAAAUUUCUGAAAACCAA